AGCGGGGCGGCGCGGAGGCCAUCUUGGCGCGGGACACACGCUCCUCUGGUCUUCCUCGUCCACCGUAAGCCGGAUCCCCGCUCGGGACCCCCCGACUCGGGCCCGGACCCCGAUCCGCGUGUGCAGCUUCUGCGCAGGCGCUCGCUCCGACCCAGUGCACCGCAACUGAGGGAAAAUGAUGGAAGAAAGUGGAAUCGAGAGCACUCCGCCUGGCACCCCUCCCCUGCAUCCUGCAGGCAUGGCUGCCGUGCCCUCCUCCACCGAGGCUCACUUAGCUGCAACCAGUUCAUUCUCGUCUCCCAACGUGUCCGGGAUGGAGUCUCUGCCCCCACACGCGUAUUCCACGCCUCAGCCCUCCCUGCCCCCUGUGCAGCCGUCCGCGCCACCUCCCUUUGUGCCGCUGUCUCCGGCUCCUUCCGUUCCCCUGAGUGGCACUUCUGUGCCGCCCUCCGUGUCUCCAUCGCCUGCCACUGCCUUCAGCAGCCCUCCGAUGUCCCACUUCCCACCUGCGACCUCCGCCUCGGGUGCUCUCCUGUCCGCACCGCCUUCAGGGCCUCCGAUAUCAGGGUUUUCUGUCGGUACAACCUACGACAUCACGAGGGGGCACGCCGGUAGGGCGCCCCAGACACCUCUGAUGCCAUCAUUUUCUGCACCUCCGGUUACAGGUAUCUUGCCAGCCCCCAUUACUCAGCAAGCCAGUAUGACAUCUCUGGCACAGGGACCUGGAACCACAUCAGCCAUUACUUUCCCGGAGGAACAGGAAGACCCCAGAAUUAACAGAGGCCAGGAUGACGCACCUGCUGGCGGGAUCUGGGGUUUUAUUAAGGGCGUAGCUGGAAAUCCUAUGGUGAAAUCUGUCCUGGAUAAGACCAAGCAUUCUGUAGAAAGCAUGAUCACGACGCUGGAUCCUGGCAUGGCUCCAUAUAUCAAAUCUGGAGGUGAACUGGAUAUUGUCGUAACCUCAAAUAAAGAAGUGAAAGUGGCUGCUGUCCGAGAUGCCUUCCAGGAGGUCUUUGGCUUAGCUGUGGUUGUUGGGGAAGCUGGGCAGUCCAAUAUCGCCCCUCAGCCAGUCGGAUAUGCAGCUGGGUUAAAGGGCGCCCAGGAACGCAUUGACAGCCUGCGGAGGUCGGGAGCGAUCCCCGAGAAGCAGACGGUGGUGUCGGUAGAAAACUUCAUUGCCGAGCUGCUUCCUGACAAAUGGUUUGACAUCGGCUGCGUGGUGGUUGAAGACCCUGUGCAUGGCAUCCGCCUGGAAGCCUUUACCCAAGCCACACCCGUGCCUUUGGAGUUUGUGCAGCAGGCGCAAAGCCUGACACCCCAGGACUACAAUCUGAGGUGGUCAGGCCUUCUGGUAACAGUGGGGGAAGUCCUGGAAAAGAGCUUGCUCAAUGUCAGCCGGACUGAUUGGCACCUGGCUUUCACUGGCAUGUCUCGCCGACAGAUGAUCUACAGUGCAGCCAAGGCCGUGGCGGGCAUGUAUAAGCAGCGGCUGCCACCCAGGCCCAUGUGAGACCAGUGCUGGGACACGGAGACCUUCCAGCGUCACCUUGGGGUCCGUGUGAGAGGAACCCCAGUGGCUUCCGUGAAUCCAACCGUUUUUACAAUUUUUCUGUAGGCUGCAGUCCUUUAAAAAAAAAAAAAAAACAAAUCUUUUUUUAAAAUAAAGGCACAAUGUCAUUCCAGUAAAGCAAGAGAAAUAGAUCCUCUUUUUACUGUCAUAAUUUCAUACGUCCUGGUUCUCAAAAGACAUACACAAAUAUAUUUACAGCACAAUUCAGUAUACCAAAUUUAUAAAGUGGAGAUCUGCGUUCACAUACUGGUUGAUUUAUUCUUGACUCUUCUGGUUUCUUAAUAUGUAAUGACGUCUGUGUGUGGUCACUAUCUCAUGAGUGCUUGUUUCUCUGUGUGUGCACACGACCGACCUCAGUCAUGCUCAGCAGUGGACCUUACAUGUUUGCUGGGGCGGGAGCACACAAUUUGAUGUGUUUUAAAGAAUAUGGGCCAAAUUACCAGAAUGGAUAUUUUUUGUCAUUAUGUGCAUGUAUAGUUUGGAAGCUAUGCUUGUUUCUUUUUUGUUUUAAAUUUUGGUAUUUUACAGAUUUAUAUUAUGAACAUCAGAAAAUAAUGUUUUAUUUUUUUCAUAGCUAUCUAAAAACUGAAGGGCAGAUCAAAUAUAUCUUAAAUCAGAAAUGUAUUUGCAUUUUUAUUUUUUAUUUUGUUUAUUUUUGUAUAGUGGUGUUUGCUUGCCUGUAGAUGUGAGUACAGUGCCCAAGGAGGCCAGAAGAGGGCAGCAGAGCUCAGGAACUGGAGUCACAGAUGGUUGUAAGCUGCCCUGUGGGUGCUGGGAAGGAACUUGAAGCCUCUAGAAGAGCUGCCCGUGUUCUUGCCCACUGACACAUCUCUCCAGCAACCCCCUCCCCAUGUUACUGUUAUAUAAUGGCGUUAGCACUUCCAUAAGUCAGGUCUCACAACAGCUGCUCCUGCAUCCACUCACAUCCUCCGCACUGUAAGAGGGACCUCCCUUCUUUUGGGACAGUACACAUUUUCUUCAAUUAAAGCUACUUCUUUUUUAUUAUUUUAGAAUUUCACCAAUGUGUUCAGAUAACAUUUACCUCCCACCCCUCCCUUAACUCUUCCAUCCCUACUGCGUGCUCCUGUUCUGUCUUCCUUUCCCCAGCCCACCAAGUGCAAUUUGUGUUAUCCAAAUAGGUGUGAGGCUGCAUCCAGUUGACCAACAUGAGGUGACACCCUUAAAGAAACUUGACUGUCCCUCCCUCAGAAGCCACCGACUGCCAGUAACUCCCCUGCUGUAUGUAUGCACUGGGGGUCGGGGAUGUAAGCCCAUCCGUGCUGGGAUGUGUAGACUAUUUCUUAGUCUGCCUUAAGCACAGUCUGACAUUCCUAACUGUGCCUCUCUGCCUUUACUUCUUACGGAUGUUUUCAAUGGGAUGAUUUUUAUAUUCAAUGUUGUUUAUGUUUUCUUCCCAGACAUACUGUAUUUUAACAUUUGGGGAUUUACAUAAGUCAAACUUAAGUAAACUUUUUUCUUAUCCAGUUGAGCUCUCUAUAUAGGCAAUUCAGAUAUCUUCCUGAUGACAAUUUGAUAUGUAAAUGUAAUUUAACUUUCUUUUCGAUGUUGAUGCAGUUCUGGAGAUGUUAGCCUUAGCAGUCUCUGCACCCACUCACUCUUCCCUGUCCUGGCUUAUGCAGGUGCCGUGUGUGCCUGCCUGCUUUUUGGUAAUUACGUCAUUUCUGCUCCUUUUACAGAAAGAGAAGUUUUACUUCUGAGGUGGGUACGUGCUGAUCUCCAAACACUGUGUGUGUUGCACAAGCACACACACACGCAUGCACUCACACUCACACGAUGGUGGAGAUUAAAAGCUGUCCUCGUGUAACAGGAUGGGGCAUUGCCUGGGUGAUGGUGUUUCCUGUUCUCAAGGCAGGUUUUACAGAUCCUGAGGUGCCCCUGUUCUUCUCUUCCUUGUGUCACUGAGUCUGUACUAGCUCAGUGACUGUGCUAGAGGCCAUCCUAGUAGACACACAGGAGGUCACUGACAUCUCAUGGGGUGAUUGUCUUCCUUAAAUCCUCAAAGACCAGUGGCUGACUUACUCGAUGGCUCAUUUGAAAUCCAAUAAUUGUCGUUACAUAAGUCUGCCUUCUGUGGGACGGGGAGAAGGAAGAGUGAAGGGCAGGUGGAAGAAAGAAAUAUUUGAUCCAGUCUGAUCUCUCCGAGACAGUUUCCUCCCGCCCCGGAUGGGAAGUUGUCAGAGCGGGGCUGACAGUCGCACAGGCUUUUCUCCCCUAGCCUCUGUCUGUCACCUCAGGUUCUGUUAUACCGGAAGAAAGCACGCGCUGAGCUUAUCUCCUGUGGCUUGCCCAGGAGUCUGUGGUGGCGUUUAGGCCUGGCCAGCCCAGCCCUUCUGUUCUGUGUACUUUUCUCUUCCUACGUGUCUUUGGGUAGCGUCCACACUGACAGUUUUAGAGACUUGUGGGUGGCUGUUGCCUUUUUCAAGCCUUUCAGGAAAAAUCACGUAACUGUUUGUCACCCUUACCAUGGUUGGUGCUAGCAUUUUUUGUGAAGUUUUUGUUUUUGUUUUUUGAGCUCCAGAUCAUUGGAAUCUUAUUUUAAUUUAUUUUUGUCAGUUAGAAAAUAAAACAGAAAAAACAAUGACUUAACAUCCAUCUCACAGGAUUGCUUGAGUGUUUAAUUCCAAGAUCCCCCUGUUCAGUUGUUGUUGCUCAUCUUGUUUCUGCUCUGGCUUGCUUUGUUCAUGAUAAUGCUGGACCUGGAGCUGAGAAUCUCAUUCACUCUAGGCAAGCACUCUCCUAAAGCCUGAGCCCACCACUCCGUGCUGCCACACACUUCUGAAGUUAGAAGAGUUUUAGGAGCUGGGACUUUCCUCAUUCUUUAGUUACUCUUUUUCCUCAGUCUUUAGAUAGAGGUAAGUGUGGGUGUGUAAGAAAAUGAAGGCAUGUAAUGUACAUCUAUUCGGAAUUAUGCAAAUUAGCUCUUACUCAGGGUCCACUAAAUUACUUCACUUUGCCCUUUAGUUUUCACUUAUUUGGCAGGAAAAAAAAAAAAAAAAGGAAAA